AUGUCGUAUCAGUCUAGUGUAGCUCAAGAUACUUUAGCUGCAGCUCAAUUAGAAAUGGCCGGCAACCCAAAUGCUUUGGCUCUUCGUCGGCCAUUCGAUCCGGUGGCUCAUGACUUAGAAGCGAGUUUUCGAUUGACAAGGUUUGCAGAUCUCAAAGGAAGAAGUUGCAAAGUACCUCAAGAUGUGCUCGGUAAACUUGUGGAAUCGCUGCAACAAGAUUAUUCACAACAAGAACAAGAUCAAUUUAUGCAUGUGGCGAUCCCGCGCAUCGGCAUAGGUUUGGAUUGCUCAGUAACACCACUUAGGCAUGGUGGUUUGUGCUUGGUGCAAACAACCGACUUCUUUUAUCCUCUGGUUGACGACCCAUACAUGAUGGGGAAAAUUGCCUGUGCUAAUGUUUUGAGUGAUCUAUACGCUAUGGGUGUUACGGAGUGUGACAAUAUGCUGAUGUUACUCGGUGUGUCUACUAAAAUGACGGAAAAGGAACGUGACGUUGUCAUUCCCCUUAUCAUGCGCGGUUUCAAAGAUUCUGCGUUAGAAGCCGGAACUUCAGUUACUGGCGGGCAAACUGUAAUCAAUCCAUGGUGCACAAUUGGUGGGGUUGCUACUACCAUCUGUCAGCCAAAUGAAUAUAUUGUUCCGGAUAAUGCCGUUAUGGGUGACGUUUUGGUGCUAACAAAGCCUCUCGGUACUCAGGUGGCUGUAAAUGCACAUCAGUGGCUUGAUCAACCUGAACGCUGGAACCGAAUCAAACUUGUGGUUUCUGAAGAAGAUGUACGAAAAGCAUAUCACCGUGCUAUGGAUUCUAUGAGUAGACUCAAUCGUAUUGCUGCUAGACUCAUGCACAAAUACAAUGCUCAUGGUUCUACUGAUGUCACAGGUUUUGGCCUUCUUGGACAUGCCCAAAAUCUAGCUUCACAUCAAAAGAACGAAGUAUCCUUUGUUAUUCAUAAUUUACCAGUGAUUGCUAAAAUGGCAGCUGUAGCUAAGGCAUGUGGCAAUAUGUUUCAACUACUUCAAGGACAUGCACCUGAGACAUCUGGUGGGUUGCUGAUUUGUCUCCCUCGUGAACAAGCUGCUGCAUAUUGCAAAGACAUUGAGAAGCAAGAAGGCUAUCAGGCUUGGAUCAUUGGAAUUGUAGAGAAGGGUAACCGUACUGCCCGCAUUAUUGACAAACCCCGAGUCAUUGAAGUGCCAGCUAAAGAUUAG